CACUCAUCUCGCAGUCUCUAAGGGCUCCUACCUACCAAGAUACUCGCCAUGGCACCACUCGAAACCGAAGUCAUAUCAGCGUUAAACCUGCUCCGUGAUACCCCUCGUGAAAUUCUCAGUAUCCAUCGCCAUCUGGCACUCGAGACUCUGACUCAAAUUGGACGUGUGCUAAAUGCCAGCUGGAAUGAAAGCGAGUGCCUUCCGCAUAGCGUUGAGGUGGAACUUGGUAAUGGCUCUUCGGAAGAUGCUGUCAUCCGUCAGACCACGAUUCCUCAGGCAGAAGCUUCUUCGCAAAGUAUGCCUGCUCAUGAACGGGAUUCUAUUGACUUACCUACCAACUUACCGGGCCGAGGAACCCCUGUGUUGACUUCGACCCAUACUUUGCAAGAUGCAACAGGAAAAAGAAAGCGACAGACUCUGCCAGAUACAGCGAGAAAACAGAAGCGACUGUCCACCCAAGAUCUUUCCUCUGCCAAGUUGAUCAAAUCCGUGAAACAGAAACUCCCUUCUGUUUUGAAAUUUUGCAAGGACAACGCUUCUCUUUCUGACAUCCUGCAAAACGAACAAGAGCUGCAGUUUGCAGAUAAAAGAGUCGAUCAUUUGAAACAAGUUGACGGCAAUAAAACACCAAGCGAAGAACAGAAACUUCUGAAAGGUCUUAGCCAAUUAUCUCUGGCCCAGCAAUUUACCGCCUGGGAGACUGAGCACGGCUGGAAGUCCAAGGUAGAUACCCUUUACGAGAAGAUCCGAGCUGUGCGCGUUGGAGACAAAACUGCAGCUACUGGUCGUGCUGGGAGAAUGACUCAAUUUGUCAGAGACCAUGGAUACCCGAAAUCGGACCAAAAUGUUGUACGGAAGGGAAUUCAAAGAGGAAUCGUCCAGCAUCUAUUCUUGAAAGUAAUGCAUGAAGUCUCCACCACGCCUGUCCAAAAAGGGGCCGUCCAGGGGAUGUUUGCUCGGGCCACGAUUUUUGAACAUGCUUUAUUCCAAAGUAUCCCAAUUCAGGAACUAUCAUCGCUCGCAAAGUCUUUACUGAAAGACUACGACGGCAACUCUGAGACUAUGGAGGGGGCCCGAAGUAAUGACACGGAUAUCACCAUUGUAUCGGAGCACGAAAUCUCGGAGUGGUUUGAAAACAUGACCAAAGACUUCGAAAUGAUCUCACAAACAACAAAACGCGGCCGACGAAAUCCGCUCCAGAGUACUUCUCAUGUCGCCAACGAGUCCAUGGACGCUCACCCACGGCAUGAUGAUCGCCCGUCAGAUAACAGCGAAAAUUUGAGCCGUCAAGCCAAUGCUACAGUCUACCCCAGCAUGGACUCUCAUGAACUCACGACCUUCUCCACCCUUCCUCGCGCCGAGCCGAGCAGCCAGAGAAUGCCAUUACAGUCCUCAUUCAUGGAAUUCCAAGUCAGAUCUGAAGAGGAUGGGACGUUGCCCAACACAGGGUCGCACGAUUUGGCUCAAUUCUCUAGAAAUACAGGUGAUGCUAAUUGCGUCUUGACCAGCAACUCCAAUUCCCGCGGUCAGUCACACGAGCUGAGUCUAUUCUCCAGGCUCCCCUCAAGUGUUCUAGCCCAACCGCAUUUGCUUGUCCCACCGCUGUGUCCUUCAUUUCCCGGUGAUGUUCCCAGCCCGCUUUCAACCUUUUGAACACCAAAUAUCACUCCCCAUGAGCUUUCUUCUUUAUCCACUAUUCCUGCAGUAUAAUCCGUGUAACUUGUCUGCUAGAGUAAAAUAAAGAGAA